AUGUGUGCCCAUCUCCGUCACUCUGCCUCAAGCCAGCCAAAGAAGUCCUCGAACCUGGAGUUUCGAACCCUGGAGAUGGCUUCAGGCUUUUCGGAAAACGGCCACAUCUUCUCAGGUGGGGCAAACGGCACUAAGCGGAGAGCCCCGAGCCCCGGAUUUUCUCCCACCAAGCGGCAGCGAAUGGAAGACUCACCACCGCCGCCACCAAGCGUGCCCGUCGAUCAUCAUGACCAGAUGAGAUACGGAAGUCAGAUGCAUGAGCUGAGAGCAGCCCAUGCGGCAACCACCGUCAAGCUGGGCCUGAUGAGCGACGUGGCAAAAGCGCAUGAGCUGGCAGAGAUGGAACUGAAUGCAUGCCCAGCGGAAAGCCGAGCUGAGACCAUUGAGCGCCAGAGAAUCCUCUUGAGCAUCCGUUCUGCCUGGACAAAAGCCAUCGACGAGAUGGGCAACAGGUUCAUGGAAGAAUUGAGAGGCGAUGCAGCUAUGUUCCAAAAUCCGUGGUAUUUGAAAUGGCUCAAGAGCAACCCGCCUCUUCUUGACUGGGGAGGGAGUGAGAGUCAGCUUGCCCAAACUCUCAGGCACCAGGGAAACCAUCGGCAACCUUUCAACGGCGGGGGGGCCCAUCAUGCAGAUGGGUAA